AUGGUGCAAAUUAAAAAUCACCAGGAAAGGAAAAUUAGGAAAUCAAAGGCAAAGGCAUGUUUAUUUGCUGCAGUUUCAUCCACUAUCUUCAUUCGUAUCAUGUCUCUGAAGUCGGCAAAAGAGGUAUGGGAUUAUCUUAAGACUAAGUACGAAGGAGAUGAGAGAAUUCGAGGGAUGCAAGUGCUGAAUUUGGUGUGUGAGUUUGAGUUGCAAAAGAUGAAGGACAGUGAAACCAUAAAGGAAUACACUGACCGACUUCUUAACAUUGCCAAUCACGUCAGAUUGUUGGGUUCCACUUUUAACGAUUCAAGGAUCGUUGAGGAAAUCCUUGUAACGCAUCAUGAGGAUGGACGAUAUAAGAAAAAGAAGAACAAGAAGUACCAACCAACAGAUGGAGAAGGUGCAACACGCAACAACAAAAAAAAAACAGGUAGCUUCAAAGGAAACUACCCUCCAUGUAAGCAUUGCGGCAAGAUUGGACACGCAUCUUUCAAGUGUUGGAGAAGGCCUGAAGCUAAGUGCAGUAAGUGCAAUCAGUUUGGGCAUAAAGCAAUCAUUUGUAAGAACAAAACUCAGCAGCAGGAUGUAGAUGCUCGAGUUGUAAAUGAACAGGAAGAGGAUCAACUAUUUGUUGCAUCAUGUUUUGCAAGCAAUGUUUCUAGCGAGUCGUGGUUGAUUGAUAGCGGAUGCACAAAUCACAUGACUCAUGAUAAAGAACUCUUCAAAUAA